CCGACCACCUGACUAUCUGUAACAAAGCAAACCUUGGCAGGCGGGAAUGGCCAGAUUGGCGAAAUAUGUCGAGAACGUGAUCAUUAAUAUUAAGAAAGUUUUGUGAGUACAACCCAUGGUACAAGCAACAAAAUUUACGCGCUGACGAAAUGAAUAUUCAUAAAUAACGCACUCCACCGAAUGACGCCUAUACUACAGGAUUUACGGUACAAACAUGGCCACUUACAGACUAAACAUAAACGUUUGUUGAUUUCUGCUUCUUUAAACGCUGCACGACAAAAUAUUUAUAAACGUGGUCAUACCCUAACUUUAAAAUGAAACUCUCACCUGUUGCAUCGCUUUUAUUACGAACGUUUUACCGGACGUCAGGCUCAUUGUUAUCUAAGAAACGGGUCAGAUAUGAACCUGUUCUCUCAAAAAACAACUUCGGGGUGUCUGCAGUAGCAUACAGCACAGCCCUUUUGUACAGAAACCACGGGGAUCCCUCAAAAGUGGUUCAACUGGAGACUUUGGACCUGCCACAUAUUGGAUCCGAAUGUGUUUUGGUGAAAAUGCUGGCAGCUCCUAUAAAUCCAUCUGAUUUAAAUAUGGUUCAAGGCACAUACGCUAUUUUGCCAAGUCUGCCAGCAGUGGGCGGCAAUGAGGGGGUGUGUCAGGUCAUGGAGGUAGGCGACAAGGUGAAAACACUCAAGGCGGGCGAUUGGGUGAUUCCAAGAGAUGCUGGCCUAGGUACUUGGAGAACAGCAGCUGUGUUGAAGGCUGAUGAUUUGGUGCCAUUGCCCAAAGACAUUCCUCUGCUCUCUGCUGCCACCUUAGGAGUCAACCCCUGUACAGCAUUCAGAAUGCUUUUGGAUUUUGAGGAACUCAAACCAGGAGACACAGUCAUUCAGAAUGCCGCGAACAGUGGUGUUGGACAGGCUGUCAUUCAGAUUGCCGCUGCUAAGGGUAUUCAUACCAUCAAUGUUAUCAGAGACAGGCCCGAUCUACAACAGCUCUCUGACAGACUUAAAACUCUGGGUGCUACACAUGUCUUUACAGAGGAGACACUCAGACGGCCAGAAAUGAAGGAGCUUUUUAAGUCGUGUCCUCGACCUAAACUGGCACUGAAUGGAGUUGGAGGUAAAAGCGCCACAGAGCUGUUACGCCAUUUGCAAAGUGAAGGUACUAUGGUGACUUAUGGAGGAAUGGCCAAACUACCAGUCACUGUACCAGUGAGUGCACUGAUAUUUAAAGAUGUGAAAAUAAGAGGUUUUUGGGUGACCCAGUGGAAGAGAGACAAUAGACAUGAUGAGGACUCUUUACGCAACAUGCUGGAUGAACUUUGCAUCCUCAUCCGUGCUGGGAAACUGUCCGCUCCAGCUUGCACUGAAGUGGAGCUUCCAGACUUUCAAAAAGCACUGGAGAAUGCCAUGAAGCCAUACAUGUCUAAACAAGUUUUUGUUAUGUAAUCUCAUUUAUACUUUAUACAUUUGUGUUUAUUAAAAAAUCCUUGAGCUCUCCAGACACAGACAAUAAAGGUGAUCCCGACAUCA